UGACAAUCUCUCGGGAGAAGCCAUGUAUGUUUCUCGGGUGACACACCUACGUACUUGAGUACCACAAAGCCACCCUGACCACAUCAAGUGAAAGCCGUCUGCACAGCUUUGGUCGAUCUAGCCAGUGGCCGCUGAGUCCAGCCCAGGUAACUAUCUGAUGCAGUUGCCGGGCGCGAUGUCACUACCCGCCGCCAAGUCAGAAUCAAAACAGCACCUCAUCCCGAAAAGACGCCCCCCAUAGCCGUACAGUCCCGGCGUGCCGCGCGCCGGGGCAUGUCUCGCCUGACGUGCUCCCUCCUGCUGAUCCCGACGCCCGUCUUCGUGUGCCUACUGAUUCUGUUCCUCCCUCUGCUCAGGCUCCUCGCGCGCACGCGGAUGUACGAAUUUCCGCCUCGCGAGCUCUUCGUUGCGGAGGCAAAUAUCGGAGAUGUCGCGCCAGAGAACCGCACGCAGGUCGUGCAGCCACUGGUGGGGGCGGAGGAUACGUUCGACGUGGCGGUGAGCGUGUGGCUGGCGCGGACGGUGGAGGAGCAGAGUAUAUAUUUGACAGCGAGGACUGGGACGACGCUGGGCGCUCGCUGUCUGCGGAGCAGCUCGUUGGGCCCGAUGCAGCGGCGAACAUGACGGUCUGGGAGAAGAGCCUGGUCUUGAUGACGCACCGGAACUUUUUAGACGGGUACCACGACGCCAUCUCGUCGGAAAAGGUGGUGUUCUCGGAUGCCGUGUUUCGCGACGUGCGGAUGAGCGACACGAAUUUACAUGCGGAGGUCCCAUUACAGAUCCCCACUGAGAUUUUCCAUGAGAUGCAAGGCAACAACAAUGUUCUGCGCGCGUCGUUUGUGGUUAUUCCCAAGUCGCCGCUGCUCCCAUAUUACAAACACUUCACGUCGUGGUAUCCACAUGACUUUUUUCGCCCACAACUGAAAUCUUUCCCAUUUCCACUCAACUCGACUGAGCACACGUACCACCGUCCCAUCGAACAGGCGUUUGAUUCGUUCGGUUUCACCAUCCCGAUGGUUGAAUAUCACUCCGUCGCUCCUAUAUGCCUGAGCGAUGACACGUCUGAGAUAGCUAAUCACCCCCACGUCAUCACAAGAACACAUUUGCGAAUGGUACGCGAAACACGACUCUUCAACGCGAGUCUUUACACCGGCUUGCACGAGUCGUUGCAGAGCACCGCCUGCGGGCAUUAUCCCGAGAGCGAGGCGUGGCAUGUUACUCGGUGCCACGAGCGGAGGUACAUCCACAACGUCAACUACGAGACGCGACUCUGGUUUGCGCUGCCCUCCGGUGACGGCAACGAAACGACGCGAGAGGAGAGUGCGUACGCGCCAUUCAUGGAUGUGCUGCAAUCCAGUGCCGGGCCCAGAGACGUCGUACCAGUUCCUAUCAACCGAGAAACCUGUGCGGAGGCGGUCAGAUCCUCUCAGGAAACAAUGAACAUCACAUGGAGGCUUUCAUUCGGAACUCUCUCUCCCCGGAGGUUUCUCCUGAGUGACCUGGAUAUCUUGCCAUCCCAGCGAAGCGAUCACACGGACAGCGAUUUCUCGCGCGCGAUGAAACAAGAGACGACGGAGCUGUUCGGCGUGGUGUACGGGCAUCGACAUGGCCCAGAGUCUUCUGCCGGUUUUAGGCUCCUCCGUUUCACGAUCUCUCUGAUCUCGAACUCACUUUUAUUCUUUCUCGCAUGCAUCUACUGGUUCACACGCCCAACUUCGGCCUUCAUCAGCAUCCCUGGAACGCUCCUGAUAGUGUCGGGAGAGCUCUGUGCAUGCGUUUUUGGGAUUUACUACAUCCUCACGCAAUCAACUGGGAAGGAUCCAGGAGUGGAUGUAUCGUUCAUCGUAUACAGUUUGAUCGGGAAUCUGCCAUCCACCAUCCUUAUCUUGCGAGCGAUCUCACCUUUAAAGCUGGCCUGGACGUUCACGGGCCCGAGGAUUCGAUGGGUCAAACGAACGCACCAGGAAAGAGCGAGUGCGCGGUUGGAUGCGGGAUGGCUCUGGCGUGUUUCUCUGUUCGCUGCGCUGACACUAGUCUACUGGGCUUUCGACUUCCAGCACACGUACAUAUUCGAACCGGCGCUCUUCGCCCGGAACGAAAACGACACCACCGGCCGUCUGUCCGACAACGCGGCCACCGUCGCCGACGCGCUGAUUAUCACCGGGACCGUCUCCCAGCUUGCACUGAACCACCGGUCUGGUGUGUUCGCGGGGCGAUACCGCGUGGCGCAGAUCCUGGCACUGCUUAGUGAACUGCUGAAGCAGAUCUCGGCUGUGCCCCAGCCCGGGACGCAGCGCUCGACGCUGAGUCUGUCGUAUGCGGAGCUGGUCUGGAAUGCGGUGUUGGUUGUUGGCGCCUGGCAGGCCUGCGUGAUGUCGAGCAGAAUUCCCGAGGACGACGGAAUGGACGAAUAAUAUUUCAUCUACGGAAUGAUAAAGUCAUCAAUUGCAUAUGUUCCUGCGAGUU